AAGCGGCGCGCGCCGCGGUCAGCUGAUUGCUCCGGCUGGCACGUGACUUGCUCCGUAGACGCUGGGGUCGUGAAAGCCGUGGGGCCGGAGCUUAGGUCCGGGAGGGAUGGAGCGCUGAGCCGUUAACGUCUGCCGGGCUGUCCGCCUCCGUACCUGUUAGUGCAGCCACUUCGUCGUUUGACAUCUUCCUGGAGUCCCUUUUGAUUUGGAAAGAAACACUUGGUAACAAAUAUGACUGAGUUCUGGCUUAUAUCUGCUCCUGGGGAGAAAACAUGUCAGCAAACAUGGGAGAAAUUGCAUGCAGCAACUACAAAGAACAAUAAUCUUGCUAUUACUUCAAAAUUUAACAUUCCUGACUUAAAGGUUGGCACACUGGAUGUCUUGGUUGGUUUGUCGGAUGAACUGGCUAAACUGGAUGCAUUUGUAGAAGGGGUGGUUAAGAAAGUGGCUCAAUAUAUGGCUGAUGUAUUGGAAGAUAGUAAAGAUAAAGUUCAGGAGAAUCUGUUGGCCAAUGGAGUUGACUUGGUUACUUAUAUAACAAGGUUUCAGUGGGACAUGGCUAAAUACCCAAUCAAGCAGUCCCUGAAAAAUAUUUCUGAAAUAAUUGCCAAGGGAGUGACUCAGAUUGACAAUGACCUGAAAUCUAGAGCAUCCGCAUAUAAUAACUUGAAAGGGAAUCUUCAGAAUUUGGAACGGAAGAAUGCAGGAAGUUUGCUAACUAGAAGUUUAGCAGAAAUUGUGAAGAAGGAUGACUUUGUUCUUGAUUCAGAGUAUCUCGUCACAUUACUGGUCGUGGUUCCCAAGUUAAACCACAACGACUGGAUUAAGCAGUAUGAAACACUAGCUGAAAUGGUAGUUCCAAGGUCUAGCAAUGUACUCUCAGAGGACCAAGACAGUUACCUUUGCAAUGUCACCUUGUUUAGGAAGGCAGUUGAUGACUUCAGACACAAAGCCAGGGAAAACAAAUUCAUCGUUCGUGACUUCCAGUAUAAUGAAGAGGAGAUGAAAGCAGAUAAAGAAGAAAUGAACAGGCUUUCUACUGACAAGAAAAAGCAGUUUGGACCACUUGUACGGUGGCUGAAAGUAAAUUUCAGUGAGGCGUUUAUUGCGUGGAUUCACGUGAAAGCGUUGAGAGUUUUUGUUGAGUCUGUCUUAAGGUAUGGCUUGCCCGUGAACUUCCAAGCAAUGCUCCUUCAGCCCAAUAAGAAAACAAUGAAGAAACUAAGAGAAGUAUUAUAUGAAUUGUAUAAACAUCUAGACAGCAGUGCGGCAGCUAUUAUUGAUGCUCCUAUGGAUAUUCCAGGCUUAAACCUGAGUCAGCAGGAAUACUACCCCUAUGUGUACUACAAGAUUGAUUGCAACUUGCUGGAAUUCAAGUAAAAAAGAGCUCCUUCCCAGACAAUCCUGUCCUUGUGUUGGUGUAUUCUAACAGAAAUAGGUUACAGUAUGACAGUACUUUUAACUCUCUAUUGUCCUUUGCUUGCUUCUGACCCCCCCUCUCCUAGGUGAGUUCUUCUGUAGUGGUCCAUUUCUCAGUAUUUUCUUGUUCAAGGAGAAUAGAUGUCUUAUUUCUUUUUAUUGAUCAGGUCUGUAAAUGUGUACUAAAAAAAAAAAAAUCAGAGUUUAUUUAUAAACAGAAUAGUUUAUUUAAAGACAAGGUCUUUCCUCAUUGUGGUAUGCAUUAAUUCCAUUUGUUACUGUUGUGCACAAAAACCUUGUUUACAAGGGAAUGGUAAACGUUUAUACCAUUUUGUUCACUGUAUUUAGUAGACAUAACUGUUUAAUAGUGACUGAAUGAUGAUGUAAAGAAAUGUGACAAUAUUCAGGUAUGUGCUUUCUGAAUGUUUGAAAUUACAAUCUGUGAGCACUGUUGACACCCACAGGAGAGAAUAAAAUGACCUGUGCAAAGGUG